GGGGAAAUGACACCGUCCCUAACACCACCGUCCGCGGAGGUCCUUCUGGGCCUCGUAUUCCUGGCCGUGCCAAGACGGACACGGGCAUUUCAGAUGCGCUAAAAACAGAAUUUUUUUUAUAUCUUCGGCGAUGUUACUAGAGAAACCUCAGCCGUUGUGUGAUUUUGGGUCAGGCUUAUCGAACGCAUAACCGUCGACAUCAUGAAGAAACUCAUCAGUCGGUGGAGAGCAUCACGUCGGCAGUCGACCGUCGAGACUUCUGCUGCAAAUACUUCUGAUGGCUCUAUAGCACGUCAUCCGCUGCCAGGUGUGCCAUUCCGCGGUAGUGAGGAUACGCUGAUGGGGGGAAAGGAAUACAAUGUAGAGGUCGCCAGCGCACCGAGUAACCCGGACUUGUCCAUGUCCACCUCAGCAAGUCCCCCAGGUGCUCUCGGAGAUGCCAAUACGGUCACCAAGCUGAAGUCCAACUGCUGGUCUGCAUGGCUACAGAAGGGAGAGGCCCUUUUGCGAAUGGGCCAGUUGCAAGCCGCGGAGGAGGCCCUCCAGAAGGCAUUGGAACUCGCGGAGAUUAUUGAUAAACCAAAAGUACAGAAAAGACUCGAUGACUUACAAUCCCAACAUGAAGUAGGAUCAUUGCUUUGUGAUAAUGAACCUGCUGCACACGCUACGUUACCAGACGAUUCCCCCGAUCAUAAAUCCACUCUAGACCACAAUACCCUAAUGGCGAAGCUUUUGCCUAGUGAUCCUGAUCUGGACACCCUGGCACAAGCUCACUAUACUUGGAAUAUCGCGGACUGGAAGGCCAUGCAGAAGAGAGAACUAGGCCCCGUCUUUGAAUGCGGUAGAUGGCCUUGGCGAAUUAUCUGUUUUCCAUCCGGAAAUAAUGUAGAUAAUAUAUCGCUAUACUUAUCGCACGCGUACGAGGAAGGGCAGGAACCUAGUGAUUGGUAUGCAUGUGUCCAAUUCGCGAUCGUCUUGUGGGAUCCCCAAGCACCAUCACAGUACAUCGCGCGAGACGCACACCAUCGUUUUACCGUGGACGAACCAGACUGGGGAUUCACCGAUUUCUGCCGCAACGAGGAUAAGGACAAUUGCCUGAAAGGGUGUGGUGCGAUGGCGAUCACUGUGUACCUGCGUCUGGUGAAGGACCCAACCGGAGUCUUAUGGCACAAUUUCUAUAAAUACGACUCGAAGAAGGAGACGGGGAUGGUAGGCUUAACUCGCCGAGGGACCUUGUGCUAUCUAAAUACAACUCUGCAAUCGUUGUACAAUAUCACUGCUUUUCGAAAGGUCAUAUACAACAUUCCGUCUGAAAUGGGCGCCCCCUCGGACUUUGUAUCGGAGCUUCAAACACUGUUUCGGUCUCUGGAGACCAGUGACUCCGCAGUCUCAACUAUGGGACUCACUGCCUCUUUCGGUUGGCAUGGGCGAGAAUUUAUCCCCGAGGAUAUUUGCGAGUUUUGGAGAGUGCUGAUGAUGAGCCUUCAGCGAAGGCUGCAGGGAACCAGUGUCCAGCGUUCCCUGUCUGAUUUGUUCGUUGGGAAAUCCUGCACGUACCUACUCCGGGGUGGUGAGUUGGGCCAUAAACUCUCCGAGGAAGAGUUCUGGCAUCUCGAUUUGAAGAUCCGCAACAACUCAACUCUGCAGUGCAGUUUCGAUGAGAUCACAGCACCUAGUCCUGGAAGCAACUCAUCCAACUCUGGGACAAUCCGGGUUCGCAAGUUCGAGACAUUGCCACCCGUACUUUGUCUCCAAUUGCAGCGAGCGGCAUUGGAUACCAACCAGAAGCGUGUCGUCAAACUGUAUGACUCCUUCGAAUUUGGACUCGAGUUCGACGCGACUCGAUACAUCUGGCCUGGAGCGACAACAUCCGAACCGUGGCUUUAUCAGCUGAUAGGCGUGAUUGUCCACGAUGGCGACGCCUUGACAGGCAAGCACUACUGCUUCCUACGGCCCGGAAAGGAAGAACCGUUUUACCGGUUUGAGAAUGAGCAAGUAAACAGAGCAACAAUAAAAGAAGCAGUCAAUGCCAACUUUGGGUGUGGUUCGCUGCGUUCCCAGUCGCAAGGAGAAAAGCCUUCCGCGGCGACGGCAGUUAUGCUCCUAUAUCUUCGGAAAUCAAGGCUAAAUGAUUUGUUCAUGCAGUAGUAGCCUUGCUGCAUAAAGGAGCCUAUGCAUGACGACCAUAUCUGCAAUCUUUUCGCUCAGUGAUGUCGCACAGCAAUAGACAACUAGUAAAUAUGCUUGAUGCUGUGAAACGGGACAUGGUCCAUUAAUGGAUAUAUUUGAUAUAUACAACUUUAUUGCAGUAAAAUCAAUCCGGGCACAGUAAGGUACACUCAUCUUUUCGUCACGCAUCAUCAUGUUCCCGUUUUUUCACAGUUUAUCAACACUAGCGUUGGCAACAAAUCAGUAGGAAUCACAGCAACACCUACAUUUCUGACGGGAUGCUCCUUGAACUUGGCAAGCUCCGACAGCACGGCACUAUCC